GGGCGCGCUCGGCGCUUGCUCCCUGGCUGGCGCUCCUCAGUCGGCCGCUGCCUGCCUGUCGCCGGGCUGGGAGCGCCUGUGUGUGUGAGUGACGCGGCGGAGGUGUAGUUUGACGCGGUGUGUUACGUGGGGGAGAGAAUAAAACUGCGGCGAGAUCCCAGGCGCGAACGAAAGCAGUGACGGAGCAGCCUGGUAACCGGUAACUAAAUGACCAUGGAAUCUGGAGCAGAGAACCAGCAGAGUGGAGAUGCAGCCGGUACAGAGGCAGAAACCCAACAGAUGACAGUACAGGCACAACCACAGAUUGCAACGUUAGCCCAGGUAUCUAUGCCAGCAGCUCACGCAACGUCUUCUGCGCCCACAGUGACCUUAGUUCAGCUGCCCAAUGGGCAGACGGUUCAAGUGCAUGGAGUAAUUCAGGCUGCCCAGCCAUCAGUUAUUCAGUCUCCACAGGUCCAGACAGUUCAGAUCUCCACUAUAGCAGAAAGUGAAGAUUCACAGGAAUCAGUAGACAGUGUCACAGACUCCCAGAAACGAAGAGAAAUUCUUUCCAGACGACCCUCCUACAGAAAAAUUUUGAAUGACUUGUCCUCAGACGCCCCAGGAGUGCCAAGGAUUGAAGAAGAAAAGUCUGAAGAGGAAACAGCAGCACCUGCCAUCGCCACUGUUACGGUGCCAACUCCCAUUUACCAAACCAGCAGUGGGCAGUACAUUGCUAUUACCCAAGGAGGAGCAAUACAGUUGUCUAACAACGGCACAGAUGGAGUACAAGGUCUCCAGACAUUGACAAUGACCAAUGCAGCUGCAACCCAACCUGGCACCACCAUUUUACAAUAUGCACAGACCACAGACGGACAACAGAUACUUGUACCCAGCAACCAGGUUGUUGUACAAGCUGCCUCAGGAGACGUGCAGACCUACCAGAUCCGCACCGCCCCUACCAGCACCAUCGCACCCGGCGUGGUCAUGGCGUCCUCCCCAGCGCUCCCGACGCAGCCGGCAGAGGAGGCCGCACGGAAGAGAGAAGUGCGCCUAAUGAAGAACAGAGAGGCAGCACGUGAAUGUCGCAGGAAGAAAAAGGAGUAUGUGAAAUGUCUAGAAAAUCGAGUGGCUGUGCUUGAAAACCAAAACAAGACACUGAUUGAGGAGUUGAAAGCACUUAAGGACCUUUACUGCCACAAAUCAGAUUAAUUUUGGAUUCUCAUUUUCACUUGUCCAGAAUGGGAUAGAGACUGGUUCUGGCUAUACCCAGAAAGACAAAGUAAACUUUUUAUUUUCUAAACAUUUCUUUUUUUCUAUGCGCAAAACUGCCUGAAGCAACUACAGAAUAUACUUCAUCUGUGCUUUGCAUCAAACUGUGAAUGUUCAAGUACUUGCCUCCACUUCUCCCCUUACAAGAUGAAUUUCAUCAUCAAUCUCAGCGUGAAGAAGAAGAACAGGCGUCUUUCUCGUCUCCCCAUCCUCUUCAAGGAGUAACAGUGGUCCCUUGGGAAGUUACUGUGGGGAGGGUCCUUUUGUAGUGAUGUCAAGAAUUUGUGCUGAGCUCUUUCCAUUGCCUUAGAGACAGAACCACCCCAGCCUCCUGGUCCAGCACUCAUGGUGCAAUGAAUAAGCAAUGGUUGCCAAAUUGGUUUCACACACUCAUUAUGAACUACACAAAUACACAGCUAAGCAGCAUGCCAAAUGAAAGGCUUCACUGGCACAUACUUAGUGUGGAGAUAACACCUUUUUCAAACUAGCCCAGGAGGGGGGUUGAUUUGUAAUCUGUUAAGCCCUCCUGGACUAGUAAAACCUUCUCCAUACCUCGGAAACAAAUGCAUUGAAAUGAGCUUCUCUGGUCGGUUGUUGCUUCUCAUAGCUUAUGUGUGCAAGUGUGUUCAGCAUUCUGAAUGCACGAAAAGCAAAAACCAACUCCAUAGGAUAUAGGUUGGAAGAUGAUAUUUGAAUGGGAAAGGAAUUCAGAAUAAAAAAGAUACAAUAGUGACAUUCUGAAAACAGUAAGCAAGUGUAGCACAUGGAAGCACUACCUAUUUGUAUGCAGAACAACUAAGAAGUUGAAGCCAGCUCUACAUAAAUACUCCCUGAUGACAGUAUGGUCUGUGUCCCAAGUCCUCUCAAGCAAUGAGGUUGUUUCUAUUUCCCUAGCACUGUCUUAUGUAAUGGAAAUUAUUGUACUUGAUGGAAACAUCGGCCUGGUUUCCUAAGUUCUUUUUCAAACUUGGAGGCUGCCUUCCAUAUGUAAAUUAAAUUGUGGUUAUGACAACUACUGAGAAAACCUCAAAUACUGAAGAGGACUUUAAACACAAGUACUCCUGCUUCACACGGGACAACACUGAUUCUUCUAACCUGGCCAGGUUAGCUAAAUUCUUAAUUCAUUCGGGGUAUUUUUUCAUGUAAAGGGUCCGAUUUACCGAGUAAUUUAUUCCUGCAACUAAAAUUACUCAUGUGCCUCAGAUGUUUGCAAGAUCAGGUUUUUUGUGUGCACUGAGGAACUGUGAUCUUUCCCAGAUUUAUGUUGUUAAAAAAGGUAGUUCAUGUUUAAAAACAACUGUGUACUGAGCAUUAGGACUUCAAAAGAAUCAUGCUCAUAAAGAACCAAAAAAGAACGUCAAGAAGUUGUCAAAAAGAAUGUGUAAAACAGAAUCAUGUGCAGUUGUUUACUGGGCCUUUGAAGCCAGUCUCUUGAUAUGUUAACUUGGGUCAUUUGAUGGAGUAAGUUUACUUUGCGCUUCUGGUCAAACUGUUAUGUAUAGAAACAUGAAUAAGGCUCUGGUCUGUACUAAUGCCUUGCCUAACAGAGUAUUAGUUAAUAUUUUUACCCAUUCACUCUGUUUUUAAGUUAAAUUUCACACACAAGCUUCUAAAAGGUUAUACAAUCAGUGUAAUGUUAUAAGAAAAAUAUUUGGAAGGCUCUGGGCAGUUGAGUCUCAAACACCUAAGCAGUAUUAAAAGUUGAUGAUUUCUCAUUUGAGAGCAUUCCGUUUCAAAGAGACUUAAUUUAAAAGGAGCAAGGUUAAACUUACAGCAUUAUUGUUAACUUCAGAGUUAUCAAGAGUUUCAAAUUAAAUUUGUAUUUCAAGAAGAGAACAUAAGUAUCAGAAAUAUGAAAGAAUUCAUUUUCAUAGGUUUUGAGAGGUUUAUAAAUGGUCUAUUUUUAUCUGCCAUAGAGAGUUGAUUUUCAUGUUUUUAUUUAAUGGGAGAUAAAUUUAUUAGUUUAGCAAUGCAAAUUUAAGGAAGACCCCAAAUUCUCAGCAAUGCUUGUAUAAAAAUGAUCUGAUUCCUAAAGUGAUCGAAUAGAAAUAUAUGCAACGAUUACAUUUUCCGGAAAUAGUGCUGAAGUAGAAAUGUUGAUAAUGCAGGAGUCUUUCUUCUAAAACAUGAAGGUCAUGGUGGCCUCAUUUACAAUUACGUGGAAUGAUUCCUCCAGCUUUAAGAAACAUGGAAAAGGCUGUACAUGUCAACAUUAAGGCUGGGUUUUUUUGCAGAACAUCUGUUUGCAAAAACGUGAGGUUUUGCUGUGAACGGAAUGAGGCGAGCUGUGAUCUGAGAGCUGUGUCUGGUGGGUAAUGGACACUGUCUAGUGCUUGCUGAUAGUCACUGGGAGCUGAAUGGACAUGAGAGCCUAAAACGGUACCCAGAUGGAGUUCUCCUAAUACAGGGUUGGUGCAAAUUUGUGCAGCAGUGAGAGAACUGUGUUACCUGUUCGUCUGUGUGUGUUCUGCCAGUGGCCUGUAGAGUUAUUAGUCUAGACCUCAUUAGCAAAUAAUGUUUCACUAAGAAAAAGAUGUUAUUUUAAAGUACAUAGGGAUCUGCUGGAAUCGGUAUUUUUAUUUAUGCUGCACUGAGGAUUUAGGGAUGUAAAUUUAUUUAAAGGAAAUUUUAAGUGACAAUAGUAAAAAAUUUAUUAGACCAAGUACAGGGCUGGCUAGGCUACCCCAUACAUGCUUUACUGUUUAUAUUGACCCAAAAAGGGAAAGAAUAUGACACAGGAAUCCAUUCCUAUGUUAUUUACCAAGUAGUGAGGUUGGGGUAAUAAGCUUCUAUAAACUAAGGCCAUUUGGAAGUUUUGGAAGACGGAAAUUAUGCUGGCAGGGGGGAAGGGUUAGUUUUAUAUCUCACGAUUGUGAGUUUUCAAGAACUGAUAGCCUGUUUUACCUGAAGAGAGGGUUAGAAAGGGCUAGAUCCAUUAUGUUCAUAAUAAACAAGAAUUGGUUUGAAAUAUAGUUUUUGUAAUGUCAUUAUUUUGCAAAACAACAGCACCAGUCAGGCAGUUAAGAUAUUGUCAAAGGUGCUCUUUUAAUUUAGAUAUUCUUGGAAAAUACAUAUGUAUAAUAUAUGUACAUAUAUAUAUAUAUAUACACAGUAUAUAAUCUACAGCUCUGAGAGCUUUUAAGUCAGGAAUGCUGAGUAUUAUAGUAUAUGGAGGUCAGAAAAAAAUUUUUACUUUUCUGUGUGUGUGUCUGGGUGUGUGUGGAUGUGUGCGCGUGUGUGAAAGCCUCCCCCCACCCCAGGAGCUCUGGGCUGCGUUAUUCUAGCGCUUAUUACUGAUUUGUUUUGUUCUGUUUCUCAGUUACCCAUUAUCAAGAAUUUUAUUUCAUCUUUCAUGGCUUUUGUGAGGUUUGUUUUUUUUAUUGAUGGAGAUUUUUGAAAUUACGUAAACAGUUGUUUCACAACAAGCACCACCCAACCCCCAGAAUAAUUCGCUUUUGUGCUUUUUCUCUUUGGCAGCUAUAUAUCAAAGGCAAAACAUUUGGAGAGGUUAUUAAGGUGUUAUUUUCUAAAGGAACCACUGGUAAGACUUCUGUUUUCCUCCCGAGGGUAGUGGCGAUGCAUUUUUAUUUAAGCAGCAAUUUCACCAGCAUCGGUAGUUGCCGGCACCGUGGCUUGUACCCAAAAGCACAAUUUUAGCCUGUCAUGCUCCUCAGGAUUGUACAGACACACCUGUAGGUUCUGGCUGUCCUGUAGUUGGCGUUUGCAUUGUAGACCACUCUCUACUCCGGUACUUGUAAGUUGGUCAGAAAAUUGGAGGGGUGUUUGCAACCAUUAAGAGGCUCAGGAAAAAAAAAAAAGAUUUACUAAGGAAAAACAGCCCUGAUAAUUUCUGACCUAAACUUGUACCACAGGUUUGUUUUUUCUAAAUCUGGGCUUCCAGUAAACUGCAGCUGCAAGUAGUCAUCUGUUAGCUAAAACUGGCCCCUGUAUUUUUAUUUUGUUCAGGGUUUUUUUAAUUUACAACAGAUAGACAGUGCUUUUUGUAGGUUAAAAGACAAGUCUCCCCAUCAAAGGAAGCUCAGUAUCAGUGGUUGCAAGUCUGUGACAAUUCGUAGAGGAUUUCAUUGGUUUUCUUAGACCUUGUUUUUAUUAUUUUUUCACCUGAAGCUGGUUAGUGAUGUAACAUUUGCCAAUGAUCCAACCAAAAGGUCAUGUAUUUAUUUUUGUUACACUAUGUUCUUUGUAAAUGUUUAAUUAAAAUGUGCACUUUUUAAAAACAAAACAAAACAAACCCCAGAGAACAACAGAAAAAAAUUGAGAUCAAUUGGGUUUGCUUGAGAAGCUUCCUGGCAUAAUCGUGCUGCCUGCACACAAUUCACUCCCCUCCCCACAGCAGUUGACUCCUUGGCUAAUUUAACUUGCGGAUCAGCACCUGGUGCCCAGCAGGCAUUGCUUCAGAAUGGCAGCAGACCCGAAGGGGCAGCACUGAAGGCUGGAAAGAAUCAAGUGUGUGUGGUGUCUCAGAGCAGUAUGCACAGGAUGGAUGUGAAAUUCUUUUUAGAGUAGAACUAGUUCAGUGAUCCCGUGUGGGAAAGGGAGGUUAAUUUGGAAGAAAAGCUAAACUGUUUUUCAGCAACUUUAUUCCCCUUUUCUUAAUUUGAGAUUUGUCUGCAGAUUUCACAAGCUGCAUUCCAAGAAAAUAAAUUGAAAGGCUUUCCAGUUCUGUGACACCAGGAAGUAAAGGUACAUUGACAAAGUGUCACUCUGCUUUAAAAGAAAAGCAAAGCACACGCACCUUUCUUUUGCAGGAAUGAUGAUAAUUUAGCUGUAACCCUGAAAUCUGUCACUGUGAACAGGCUUUAAAAAGCAUACAGUACAUUGAUGGUUCUCUGUAGUCUGCCUGGAAACUCUUUUUCCUGAGCUGUGUAAUUUGCUAGCUGUAAAAGACACUGAUUUUGCAAAAGCCUGAAUGUAUCAUGAAGCUCAGUUGGUCUGGAAGGAGCCAGACUAAUGAAGAGAGGGUGCUGAAAUCUACCUGCUGUGUGCUUGUGACAGAUUCAGGUCUGUGGAUGGAUACAGCUUAAGUCUGUACAUCUCUGGGGAAAAGGGACCAGAUCCAUUUGGUAAAGAGGGCUUGCAUUUCAAGUGUUUUGCCUUGGAAUGUGUUUUUUAAAUAUAUUUAAGCUGUGGCCUGCAAAGAGAUGUGCUUGGACUAGUUUGCGUGGCACAUAUUGAAGACAGUGACCUGUUUGCUCUCUGGCACUGCAGGUGCAGGUUUGUGACUUGCUGUGUGGUGAGUUCAGGGUUUGCUUUCCCCAGGGAAGGGCUGUCCUGGCAUCUGUGUGCUGGCAGGGCAGGGGACAGGGGCAGGCUGUAAUGACCCACAGUUGGUGCACUCCAUAAGCUGAGCAUUUACUGUGCUCACGACUUGGAAGCAGUUGGUUCACUCAACCUCGGCUGUGUAUUUCUCUAAAUUAGGGGAUAGCUGAGUGAGAGCACGGGGAAGGAAGGUCUUGAGACAGUUAUCUGAAAAUGGCUGCUCUUAAGAACUAAGGAUGUUCAGAUGCUCUCCACAAGUUGUGUUUUAGCCAGGUGCCACUCCAUUUUUUUGUGUGUGUGUAAUUACAUUUAUUUAUAUUAAAACAUUAAUUUUAAAAAGUUCUAGAACUUCAAGUUUGAAUGAGAUUUGAUACUGUGCUGCUUAUAUGGACUUCUUGGGAUGGGGAACAGGGCAGGAAGAGGUGCUUGUUGGCAGCCAACCCCUCCAUAGACUUGUUCGCAGAUUGGUUUUUCACUUCAAAAACGAGUUUUUUUCUAAUCUGGAUUUAUAAUUUGAAAUCGUUUUGGAACAGUGUUUUUCAGGGAAGCUUCCAGAGCGAGGGUUAUUAUUCUCCCUUUUAAUGUAAGCUGGAAAGAGUAAGUUCACCUCAUCUGCAUUUCUGAUUCUUUACCCAAACCAUGUCAACACAGAACAGGGUAUUUGAGCUUGACUCCCACAUACUUGUGGAAGUUAAAAGACUAAAUGAAAAUCCAUUAUUGGGGGAAGACAAAUUCUUUUUUACAUCUCCCCAGAAACCUAGAAACAUCCCUGUUGUGUUCUGGUUUUGUUUUUUUUUUACUUAUUUUUUUGUGCUUUAUCUGUGUUUAAAAAAAUUGUACUGGGUUAUAAUGCAUUUUAUUAACACUAUGUACAUAUUAGCUGCUUUGUGUUUCAGAAUGGUAGUAAUUGCUUUGUAUAUUAAAGUGAUUCUUGUGAAUUUGUGAAUUAUUGUCAUAAAGAAGUGCUUUUUCUUACUGUAACCUUUGUGGUAUAAACUGUCAUAACUCCCUUUUUACACAAACAUUUAUGUGCAGUCACAUAAACAUGCUUUAAAAAAACUCU